GCGAGGUGCCUUGUCUUCCUUAUUUAUUGCCUUUUCCUAUAUAAUCCCACUCCGGGCUUUCUCUUGUUCUCGAUCCGCGGGAAAUUCUUCUUUCUACACUUGUGCUGUCGUUGUAAGGUGUACUUCUCUGCACCAUCUGACACCAUGAGCGACCCUGUCGGUCCCGACGACCUCGUCUACGUCGCCCAAGCGCACGUGCCUCAAAAAGAACUUCAGACACCAGAGAAGGAGGACGCUGUCAUCACUGCAACCAGGUACGAUGAUGAUGGCCGCGAGAUACCAACGGCGGAGGAGGAGCAAAGCCUGCGCCGUGUGGCGGGCAAAGUGAAGUGGACUGCCUACACCAUUGCAUUCGUCGAGCUGUGCGAGCGGUUCUCCUACUACGGAACAACUGCCGUCUAUACCAACUUUAUUCAGCAGCCUCUGCCUGCAGGCUCUGACACUGGUGCCGGAGGUAGUGGGCAGUCCGGAGCCCUCGGUCAGGGUCAACGAACAUCCACCGCGCUAACCACCUUCAACACCUUCUGGUGCUACGUUAUGCCCAUUCUGGGUGCUUGGAUCGCCGAUGAAUACUGGGGCCGGAUGAAGACGAUUCAGGUCGCCAUCGCCUUCGCAAUGCUAGGACAUAUCAUCAUCAUCAUCUCCUCCAUACCCCAAGUCAUCACCAAUACCAACGGCGCCCUUGCCUGUUUCUGUGUCGGCCUGGUCUGCUUCGGAAUCGGCGUGGGUGGGUUCAAGUCGAACAUCUCGCCGCUGAUUGCCGAACAGCACCGCGAGACCAAGCUCUGGGUCAAGACCGUCCCCAAGACAGGGGAGCGAGUCAUUGUCGAUCCAGCGCAGACAAUCACCCGCAUUUUCUUGUACUUCUACUUCAUGAUCAACGUCGGUUCGCUGAUUGGAUCGGUGGCCAUGGUGUACGCUGAGAAGUACGUUGGCUACUGGCUGGCCUACCUGCUACCGACCAUCAUGUUCGGAUUCUGUCCUCUGGUAUUGUUCGCGUGCCGUAACAAGUACCAUGUGACACCUCCGACUGGGUCCGUCGCAGCGAAGGCAUUCAAGCUGUGGGGACUUGCCCUGAAGGGGCAGUGGUCCUGGAACCCUGUUGUAUUCUUCAAGCGAUGCCAGUCCACCGAGUUCUGGGAUAGCGUCAAGCCCAGCCAGGUGGAGAACAAGCCUCACUGGAUGACCUUUGACGAUCAGUGGGUGGACGAAGUGCGCCGUGCCGUCAAGGCCUGCGCGGUCUUUGCAUGGUACCCUCUUUACUGGCUGGCAUACGGCCAGAUGACCAACAACUUGACUUCGCAGGCGGCCACGAUGCAGCUUCACGGGGUGCCCAACGACAUCAUCAACAACCUGGACCCGCUGGCCCUGAUCAUCUUCAUCCCGAUCAUGGACCAGUUCGUGUACCCGGGUCUGCGCAAGAUGGGCAUCAACUUCACGCCAAUCAAGCGCAUCUACGUGGGGUACCUGCUGGCGGCGGCCUCGAUGAUCGCGGCAGCCGUGACGCAGUACUACAUCUACAAGCUGAGCCCCUGCGGCGACCAUCCGAGCACCUGCGACGAGGCGGCGCCAAUCAACGUGUGGGUGCAGACGGUGCCGUACGUGCUGAUCGCGUUCUCGGAGAUCUUCACCUCGAUCACGGGGUACGAGUAUGCCUACACCAAGGCGCCGAAGAACAUGAAGUCAUUAGUCUCGUCGUUGUACCUGUUCAUGAAUGCCAUUUCCUCGGCUAUCCAGCAGGGCUUGACGGCGCUGUCGACGGACCCGUUGUUAAUCUGGAACUAUGGGUUCGUGGCGGUGCUGGCGUUUAUCGGAGGCAACCUGUUCUACCUCACCAAUUUGAAGCUGGACAAGGAGGAGGAUGAGCUGAAUAAUCUGGAGGAGUCGCAGUGGGUGGGGCAGAAUUCCGGGGAAUCCGAGAAGACUGUUGCUUAAUUGUUUA